AUGCUCAAGCUGCGGCUGGCAGUGACUCACACUAUGACACUGGACGGUCCGAUGGGCUAUCUGUCAUGCAAUGACGUGGCACCACUCUUGUCUUCUCCCCUCAUGUCGACGGCGGCCAUUUUUCAUGUAUCCACGAUCCCAACACUGCUCCUCGUUGCCCACAGAGCUUACACCUGGCUAGUGCCGAUAUUGUACCGCCAGAUGAACCUUCAAUAUGAUCGACAGCUUCAAGGGUUCCUUGGUGUCGCUCAAACGUGUCCGGCCCUGUUGCAGCAUGUUCGCGAGAUUGUGCUGCCGACUGGAUACCCACCCGAAACCACAGCAAAGGUCUUUGACGGUCUCCGUUCCUGCCACAAACUGGGGGGACUGGCAAUGCUCCACAGUCACCUGAUCCACGAGGUUGUGGCAAACGGGCUUGCUCUCCCUCCCCGCCUGAGCACCCACCUUGAAGGCCUCUUCCAACAGGACACUGCGGAGCAUGGUGCGCCGCCCCAAAUUCAAGUUGGAACACACCAUCUAGAGACGCUGCUCGCCUUCCGCUUUGUCACCCACCUCGAUUGGUUCGAUGACCUGACAGCGUAUAAGAGCGACGACGAUGAAGAACACGCACGGCAAUUCAUCAUCCAGUUGCCUGCCCUGACACACCUCGCCGUCGUGCCGUUCUCUGCGGAGAACUACGUGGACAACCUGGCAGCACGCCUCCCACGGCUGCGUGUGCUCGUCAUUGUCUGGAGUCUCUCCGGGUACUUGCGCAGGCGAUCCGACGACCCGGUUCUCCGCAUUGCGUUCCGCGAUAGCCGUGUCGUAUGCUCCGUGUACGACGAGUGGUAUGAGGGCAUGACCAGCGGGUAUCGGUCUACUUUCUGGGAUCUGGCGGAGGAGCUGGUGAGAGGGAAAGCCAACAGCACGGUGCCUGAAAAUGAAUUUUGGGCUCGGCCUCCCGAACGUCAUUCCCGAUAG